AGUGACAUAGUAAGUACUAGCAAAGUAGCAUCCGCCCCGUUUUGAUUAACGGCCGGAAGUCACCUGACCUUUUCCUUAUCUGCCUUGAAGGAGAAAAUGACGUCAUGAGUGACGUAACGAUCUUCAUUCAUGUGGGAUUUUAAAUUAUUGGCGGGGACAUUUACACAAGUUGGGCCGCUCUUACGAGACGCCACACGCCAAAAUGUCGGCAGAAUUCAUCGAUGGAAGCAUCGGUAUCUACCGACCACUAAUGGAGUUUUUUGACACUCCAGCAUACAAGCAGUCGGUGAAGACUUGCUGGAACGCGGUCUCCUACAAGUUACAGAUAGGACUGUUGGCGGAAAUUUUAAGACUUCAGCAGAUGAGCCUGAUCCCACCUGAAGUGACUGUUGAAGCCAUGACGGAUCUGCUGGUGGAGGAGAACAAGAAAUCACUGAGAGUAAAGCUUUGGGAGUUUGAAAUGGACGACGAUUUUGAGUCGGAGGCCAGGCUGGUCUUUGAGGUGAACACCAGCAUGAAGAUGAGAGACAUUGAAUUUGAAGCCAGAAGUCUCCUCGACUGUCCUGAGAAGAUCCCCCUUCAAUUAAAACAACCUGGGAUAGUCAAAAAAGCUCUGAGGUUGGCUGAGAGCUGGGAGCACCAGCACACAUGCUGCUCCCAAUUAAUCAACGUGCGAGAUAUGGUGAUAAAGGUGGUCCCGAAGGUCUUGCAGUGCUUUUGGUUGCCUCCUCCAAACACUCACUUUACUAUGCCAUCCCGGUGCCUUAGUAAAAUGGUUGCUGGGGUGACACAUGCUGUGGUGGACCGCGUCUCCUGCUCACUCUCCUCGGUCCAAAUCCACUUUUCGUCCUCCAUCAGAGACAAUUUGGUUGCGUCUAUCGAGGAAAAGGUUAGACAGACUUUUAUUUCAGAGGACCUGGUCGAAAACAUUCACAGUUAUCAACCAGAGUUCCUCAGCACCAUCACAGAUGUGGCAGUCAGGGAAAUUUGCACAUGCUCUGCUGGCUUUGUGCCCAUCCCACCUUCACCCUCACCUGAGCAGUCUUCAGAUACAAUUUCGCUGUCUGAGGAUGGCGUUUCCGUCGAGGAAGAAAAAGAGUCAAACAACAAAGACGCUGAUGAUUUAACGUCAGAAUAUCAUCCGCCUCCUCCAGGCCAAAAGAAAGAAGACUCCAGUCAUCAUGUGUUCACGAAUAUGAGCCUCAUUACUAAAUUAUUUAAUUGGAUGAAAAAACUCUGAUGCUGGUGAUGGAGUUUGUCUGGGAACACAGAGACUGUACAUUAUUUGUAAAUAGUAUAAAUGAUUGUUUUAAUUUGAUGUUUGUAUAUAAAGACAUGUUUUUCUACUUCAUUUUACAAAUA